GAGUUGCGAAGGCGGAGGUAUCGCAAGCGCAAGCGCGCGAAGCUCGUACCAGCGAAUAAGAUGGCAGAGCACCAGCGUGAGCGAACGCUGCUUGAGUCUGCACUGGACUGCGAUGAUGCUGGCUCGGGACUCUACCGACUGCGCGACGCCUUGUCACGACAUGCUACAAGGAUUACGGCUAUCAUUUCUGAGCUCUUUGGGCUCAGUUCUGAGUUGCGAAAGAUACACGGAUUGGAGAACACGCAGAUUCAUGGACCUUCGUUCUACCGAAUCAAAGACGACCUUGGCCUUUUGCGCCGAAGUCUCAGAUACACUACGCAAGAUGUGUUUGAUAUGUUUGCGAGGUCACGGCUACGUUCUGAGGAAAGAGCGUGGGAGGAUCUGGAACAUCAACUGGGUCGUCAAGAACGCAUUGGAUUGUUGGAAAGGUUGGAACUCUACAGAGACUUUCUCGAUGCACAGAAUGAUGUUCUAGAACGGGAAAGCCCUCCAAAUCUGAGUCAGCUGCGUCGAGAGGUGACUCGACUACUUGCGACACAGCAGAGGCUGCGAAACGUGUCUGACGAUCAUGAAUUGCUUGAGACAUCUGGAGCACGCACACCGAGGCCGAGAGCAGGAAGCAGGCCGACUGUAGUUCGAAUACCUACAAGCCCAACCGUAAUAUCGGAAGACCUGAUGUUCGAGCGCCCACAAGGCAUGCAUGCGCCAGACCCUCCACUCCCAGUAUCUCCGACCUCCCCACUGGUUUCGCCUAUCUUCAGCACUUUCUCUUCAGGCUCUUCGCAGACGAUGUCCAGUCACACGUCUUACUCCAGCAACCCCUACUUUCCUGGCCAGUCCGCCUCGGCACCUCAUUGGGCCCAGAGUGUAUUCGACGGCAGCUCUCCUACCAGUCGAUACAAGAGUGAGUAUCAGUCCCUGGAUCGCUCAAAGUGCUAUGGCGAUCCCGCCCCAGAAGCUCUCGAAGCAAUAGCUACGACCGGAUUCCAGCAAGCCAUGCAAUUGUCGUUCGAUGAAGAUCGAACAUGGGUACGCCUGUACUACCGACCUGAGGACUUUCGCGCGAUCAUCCUGAUCAUGGCCCUCGAUGCAUACGGCCAACCAUUGCAUUAUUCAGAACGAUUGACGAAACUAAAAAUCAUUCGGGAGGGGUCAUUGCUCAAACUUUGUCGCGUCCGACAUGGAAGUGAGAGACACACUCUAUGGGCACGCCUCAACUUCUUCCUUCAUGAGAGAAUGGUGCUGUUUUACAACACUUUUGUGGCGAUGAAACAUCAAGAUCACGAAGGUAUCGCACACCGGAUCCUACUGGAAGAUUUACCUCUUGAGAAAUGCGAGGGAGGCGAGAAGAUGCUCUUCGCCGGUGAGAUUCGACAUGGCGAGAUGCGACAUGCUUUGCAAAUCAUCCGUGAUAGUGCUUCAAAAGUUGUGCGUAUCGAGGCUUCACCUCUUCGUGGACCGAGGGCGGGUGUGCCAAUCUGGACGGCAUUCGUUACGAAAUACAUCUGGGAUGCGGACUGGGCUGAGUUGCAAAGCAAUGGGCUUGUGAGUCUGGCGAAGCUGAGUCCGGAGCCUUCGGUUUUCAUUUCUGGAUAUUUGCCACCAGUGAAUGCUCGUGGGGAGCCGGUAUUGCCAUUUGCAACGACGAAUGGUAAAUCUGCUCGACGAUUAGGUGUCAUGGUUCGAAGGCUAACGAUUUCUAGAUGCGAGGAUGUUCAUGGACACCUGGGCAAACAUUUGCCGUCGAUAUGGUCGUUGAAAAUAACACAGAGGCGCGAAAUUUUGGUUCUAGCCCGCAUGCUUAGCGAUGGCGUUUGAGAAAGCGGCGCUCUUGGGAUUCCUGGUGAAAACAUUGAAGCGUUCGAGCGUGAAAAUGGCGAUGCGGCACGACUGA